GAAUUUGCAGAUACAAAAGGUGCUGCUGCUUCAAUAUUUUCUAUUCUUGAUAGAAAGUCACAAAUAGAUGCUAGUGAUGAAUCUGGCAUGACAUUGGAAGAAGUCAAUGGAGAAAUUGUUUUAAACCAUGUUAGUUUCAAGUAUCCUACCAGACCUGAUGUUCAAAUAUUCAAAGAUCUUUGCUUGACCAUUCACAGUGGCAAGACUGUUGCACUGGUUGGAGAAAGUGGAAGUGGAAAAUCAACAGUGAUCUCACUACUACAAAGAUUUUAUGACCCGGACUCGGGAAACAUUACACUGGAUGGAAAAGAAAUCCAAAGACUGCAAGUGAAAUGGCUAAGACAGCAGAUGGGCCUGGUAAGCCAAGAGCCAGUACUGUUUAAUGAAACUAUUAGAGCUAACAUUGCAUAUGGAAAAGGAGGAGAUGCAACAGAAGCAGAAAUCAUAGCUGCAGCAGAACUAGCAAAUGCCCACAAUUUCAUUAGUGGUUUGCAGAAGGGUUAUGACACGAUAGUCGGGGAGCGAGGAGUUCAAUUAUCUGGGGGACAGAAGCAGCGGGUGGCAAUUGCGCGAGCUAUUGUGAAGAAUCCAAAGAUAUUAUUACUAGAUGAAGCCACCAGUGCACUUGAUGCCGAGUCUGAAAAAGUGGUUCAGGAUGCACUUGACCGUGUUAUGGUAGACCGAACCACAAUAGUAGUGGCUCAUAGGUUAUCUACUAUUAAGGGUGCAGAUUUAAUUGCAGUGGUUAAGAAUGGUGUUAUAGCAGAGAAGGGAAAGCAUGAAGCAUUACUCCAUCAGGGGUCAAUAUGCUUCCUUAGUAGCAUUGCACACAAGUGCUUCUUCAUCUUAGUACCACUUUCAGCUUGUUGGUACUUUUAUCUAAGCAAAAUCAGAUGCACAGGAUUUAUGUCCUUAGUAAUUUGGCAAGAUGCAAUGGUAGCACUGAGCCCGGAAAAAGUGGUAGCCGGAAAAUAUGGUGGUGAUGGAAGGGUGGAGUUUGAAGGUUUGAUAGUUAUGGAGUUCAAAGAUCUUUGCUUGACCAUUCACAGUGGCAAGACUGUUGCACUGGUUGGAGAAAGUGGAAGUGGAAAAUCAACAGUGAUCUCACUACUACAAAGAUUUUAUGACCCGGACUCGGGAAACAUUACACUGGAUGGAAAAGAAAUCCAAAGACUGCAAGUGAAAUGGCUAAGACAGCAGAUGGGCCUGGUAAGCCAAGAGCCAGUACUGUUUAAUGAAACUAUUAGAGCUAACAUUGCAUAUGGAAAAGGAGGAGAUGCAACAGAAGCAGAAAUCAUAGCUGCAGCAGAACUAGCAAAUGCCCACAAUUUCAUUAGUGGUUUGCAGAAGGGUUAUGACACGAUAGUCGGGGAGCGAGGAGUUCAAUUAUCUGGGGGACAGAAGCAGCGGGUGGCAAUUGCGCGAGCUAUUGUGAAGAAUCCAAAGAUAUUAUUACUAGAUGAAGCCACCAGUGCACUUGAUGCCGAGUCUGAAAAAGUGGUUCAGGAUGCACUUGACCGUGUUAUGGUAGACCGAACCACAAUAGUAGUGGCUCAUAGGUUAUCUACUAUUAAGGGUGCAGAUUUUAAUUGCAGUGGUUAAGAAUGGUGUUUAGCAGAGAAGGGAAAGCAUGAAGCAUUACUCCAUCAGGGAGGUCAAUAUGCUUCCUUAGUAGCAUUGCACACAAGUGCUUCUUCAUCUUAGUACCACUUUCAGCUUGUUGGUACUUUUAUCUAAGCAAAAUCAGAUGCACAGGAUUUAUGUCCUUAGUAAUUUGGCAAGUUUAAAUAGUAAAUAGUAAAUAGUAAAUACCACUCUGAAUGGCUUUAUGUUUCACUUUUUCUCAAAUGUUGUUACAUAUAAUUCUCACUUGCAGUGACAGCUUCAUAAAUUAUAAGUUGUGAGGCAACACAUGUAAAAUUAUAUAAUUGAAAAAUAAUUUAUUACUUUUUAAAAUUUAAUAUAUA